AUGUCAAACCGCAGCGGCCAGUCCAUCAGCAAUUUGCCUGGGAACCAAUUGAUCCUUUUAGCUGGCCAAUUUGGGGAUGUGUCCAUUGGCGAAAGCAAAACCGCGCCGUUCAACGCAUACCAGCGACAACAUGACCCGACCUGCCUUCCCGAUACCCCCGUCGACCUCCUUCAAGAGAUCUAUAACUGGGCUGAUGGUCAAGACGAGCGCCACAUCUUCUGGGUUACUGGCUUGGCCGGCACGGGGAAGUCGACGAUUGCUCGCACUGCCGCCCGUACCUACUCUGACCAGAAUCACCUAAGUGCCAUCUUCUACUUCUCACGCGGCGGUGGAGAUAUUGGCCAUUGGCAGCAACUCGUCCUACGCCCGCUGUCGAAGCUGGACGAAAACAAUGGCCAAUCCGCAUACGUCCUUGUCGUUGAUGCGCUCGAUGAGUGCGACAAUGAUAACGAUAUCCGGAUCAUCCUGCAUCUCUUGGCCGAAGCUCGAUCGUUGAAGACCGUUCGACUACGAGUCUUCCUGACGAGCCGAUCUGAGGUUCCGAUACGAAAUGGCUUCGUUCAAAUCCCAGAUGUUGUGUAUCAGGAUUUUAUAUUCCGUAAAAUAUCGUUGUCGAUUGUCGGUCAUGAUAUCCGCACUUUCUUACGGCACGAGCUCGAACGCAUUGCUCGUAGGCACUAUCUCGGUGCUGGUUGGCCUGGCGAGCAGAUCGUGAAGCAACUCGUUGACAGUGCAAAUGGGCUAUUCAUCUGGGCGGCAACUGCAUGUCGCUUUAUCAGCGAAGGAAAAUUGUUUGCAGGAAAGAGACUGAAUAUAAUCCUGGAGCAUAGCAGCAGUGCGAUCAGCGGCCCAGAGAAGGUCCUCAACGAAAUCUAUGGCAGUGUUCUUCGCAACUGCAUUUCUUCAGAGUAUUCAGAUGAAGAGGCCAAGAAGCUACGGUCGAUGCUGAAAACCUUGCUUGGAAGCAUUGUGACUACUCUCUCCCCUUUCUAUCCAGUCCUUGAGCAAGCUACUCAGCACCCCGCAAGAUGA